ACAGUGACUCCUGGGUUCUCCAAACACCCGCGCAAAUCCCCGAGCAAGCCCAGAAAAAAAGAGGAAUAACAUCUGUUCAUCUGCAUGUUCCUAUGUUCAAAAAACAAGAGAGGAAAGCCCGGGGAUUGACAGAGGACGAGAACAUCUCGGAGGAUGAGGAAUUAGGAAGAACAGAUUGCCACUGGAGGACCGAAAGGGGGGCGAACCGCGCGGGAAAUCCACCAGUGUGACGCCACCUCACCUGUACCUUCGGAUUAACGGGCAGGGUCAUGUCCCAGUUGCCAUGCGCAUUGCCACGCUGACCUGCCUCCCCGGCCCUUCCCCCCUCCUCUUUCUAUUGGCCCAGCUGCUACUGCGGCUCCUCCUCCUCCCCGGGCCGGAGUCGGUGGGAGCCGCCUCCUCCUGCCCGUCGCCCUGCACCUGCUCCAACCAGGCCAGCCGGGUCAUCUGCACCAGGCAGAACCUGGAGGAGGUGCCCGAGAGCAUAUCGGUCAACACCAGAUACCUCAACCUGCAGGAGAACUCCAUCCAGGUGAUCAAGUCGGACACUUUCAAGCACUUGAGGCACCUUGAAAUCCUCCAGCUCUCCAAGAAUCAGAUACGACAGAUUGAAGUUGGAGCAUUCAAUGGCCUCCCCAACCUCAACACACUGGAACUCUUCGACAACCGCCUCACACUGGUGCCAUCACAUGCCUUUGAGUACCUCAGUAAGCUGCGGGAGCUGUGGCUGCGCAACAACCCCAUUGAGACUUUGCCAGGCUAUGCCUUCCACCGUGUGCCCUCGCUUCGUCGACUGGACCUGGGUGAGCUCAAGAAGUUGGAUUUCAUCUCCGAUGCUGCCUUUGUGGGCCUCAUCAAUCUGCGGUACCUGAACCUGGGCAUGUGUGGGCUGAAAGACAUCCCUAAACUAACGGCGCUGGUCCGUUUGGAAGAGCUGGAGCUGUCGGGAAACCGACUGGAGAUCAUCCGUCCGGGUUCUUUUCAGGGACUGGCUUCUCUUCGCAAGUUGUGGCUGAUGCACUCGCAGGUGUCCGUCAUUGAGCGCAAUGCCUUCGAUGACCUGAAAAACCUGGAGGAGUUAAACCUUUCCCACAAUUCCCUGCACUCUCUACCCCAUGAUCUCUUCACGCCCCUCCACCAGCUGGAGAGGGUGCAUCUUAACCACAACCCCUGGGUCUGCAACUGUGAUGUGCUUUGGCUUAGCUGGUGGUUGAAAGAGACGGUGCCCAGCAACACCACCUGCUGCGCUCGUUGCCACGCUCCCCCGGGCCUGAAAGGCAAGUACAUCGGGGAGCUUGACCAGAGGCACUUUACCUGCUUCGCACCCGUCAUCGUGGAGCCGCCCACCGACCUCAACGUCACCGAAGGCAUGGCCGCCGAGCUGAAGUGUCGCACGAGCACGUCAACGACGUCGGUCAACUGGAUCACGCCCAACGGCACGCUGAUGACCCACGGGUCCUACCGGGUGCGCAUCUCCGUCCUGCACGACGGCACGCUCAACUUCACGAACGUCACCCUGCGGGACACGGGCCAGUACACGUGCAUGGUCACGAAUGCCGCCGGCAACACCACGGCGACGGCCGUCCUCAACGUCACCGCCGCCGACGCCAGCGUCAACUACACCUACUUCACCACGGUGACCGUGGAAACAGUGGAUUCCGCAGGAGGAAACGAAUAUGCAUUGGUCGCCAUCAAUGAGACCUUCAUCCGGGUUCAUCCUGGCCCCACUCCUUCUGACCUCUGGCCGGACGGGGUUCCUACCACAGACUCCUCCCUGCCCGCGGGAGGCUCCUCCUCCUCCCCCCGGGCCACUCGACCCACGUUCACUGUGCCAAUCACCGAGCCGGGCUUCUCCGGCCUGGACGACGUGAUGAAGACCACCAAGAUCAUCAUCGGCUGCUUCGUAGCCAUCACCUUCAUGGCGGCGGUGAUGCUGGUGGUGUUCUACAAGCUGAGGAAGCAGCACCAGCUGCACAAACAUCACGGCCCCGCUCGCGCCAUCGAGAUCAUCAACGUGGAUGACGAGCUGGGGCCAGGAGCGGGAGGCCGGGGCACUGGCAUCUCCGGAGGCUCCACGGUGACGCAGGGUGGAAGCAGUGGAAUAGGAGGAGGCCAGAGCUUAAGGCUGCACCACCCGGAAAUAGUCAACUUACCGAACCUGGCUCGAUCGGAGCACCUCAACCACUACUACAAAACCCACCACUUCAGCAACAACAUGAUGACCCUGGGCAUGGGCACGGGUUCAGGCAUGGGCCUCAACAACAACAACAACCCCUCCCCGUGCUCCCAAACACAGACCAUAUCCUGCUCCCAGGUUUCGACCACCACCUGUGGGGGAACGCCUGCAGGUGGCACCCUGCCCUCACCUGUACCCCUGCCCCAGCUGGGCCUUCACAGUUCUCUGAAAGGCUUAAAAGGAAAAGGCCAGAAUGAGCCACUUCUUUUCAAGAGUGGCUCGAAGGAAAACGUGCAAGAGACUCAGAUCUGAGUAAGAGUAAGGAUGUCAGAGGUACGGGACACUGAAUAGAGACAGUGAUACAGAAAGCCCCUGUGAAGCAGAGUGUCUGAGACUGACUGUGGCCUGCUGUCCUCGUGGACGGGUUUCAGAAAAGAUUAAGUCUGACACGGCCACUGUUUUGUGAUGUCAACCCUUUGACACAGAGGUUCAGUUUGGAAGACUAUAGGAGACAGUACACUAGUCCCACCGGAUAUCAUUUGCACACAGUCGACUUUAAAACCACAAAGAUAGAAGUCACCCACUGCGUGCAGCCUGCUGUGGUCUUUGCGGAUGCCUAACGUCAAACUAACUGAGUGGACGAAAGUGGACAAAGCACAGGUGCAGAGAGCCCCUCUAGGUCGUACGCAGAUUGCUUCAUAUGCUCGCAGAUGCAUUUGGUGUAUAUAUUUAGAGGGAGAGAUAAUGUUGGCCACGAACUUGUCGGAUUAGCAGUUGGCAAUGGCAGGGAAUAACAAAUGAUGAUUUGUGAGGGUGUUACAGUCCCAGAUUUCCAGGAAGCGCUCAAAGACGGCAAACAGAAGUGCAGUAAUAAGAACAGAAAUGCUGUUUAAAGUAUCAACACCUCAAAAAAACAUUGUGAAACACUUUUUUCCCCCCUCUCACACUUUACUAGUUACUGUCUUCUUUAGUGGAGGAAAGCAACAGAGUACGUUUUGAUAGGAGAAGCAAAAAUCCUAUGGCAGAAAGGACAAAGAGGAAUAUAAAAAGAACUGAACGUACAUAUUAUAUAUAUCGUAAAUAUAUUUUCAUUCAAAGAAAUAAAUUAUAAAAAAUCUUUAUCAAGCUUCUGACUAAAAGCUACGACGUCUGGAGAAUACACAGAAAAAAAACAAAAAAACACACACCCGCGCAGCUGUUUUGGUGGCCCUUCCCCACCCGGGAACAGAACGUCCACCCUGACUGCGGACCGUUGCAGGAGAGGGGCAACAGAAACCCGUGUUUUGGGACGUUUAUUUUGGGUCUCAGCUUUUUUGUAGCCACACAAUGUUUCUCCUCUCUUUCCCCUCGAACAGAGUGGUUUGAGGGGUUACCGUCUUCAUGCCCUGCAGGGAAAGUAUGACAUGUGAGUACAGCUGGUCAAGUUUUGUUACAGUGGCACUGUAGUACGAAUAAUUAUUAUCAUAAUAGUAAUAAUGAUAACAAAACUUAGCCUUUUUGUCAUUAUUGUCAUUCAAUUAUCAACUGUAUGUUAGAAGAAUUUGAACUUGUUCAAGUGUUGCACAUGCUUUUUAAAAUCUAAAACUCCUGAAUCAUUCCGAUUCAGCUCAUGAUUUAAGAUCGCAAUGAUAAUAUGACAUUAUAUCGUUAAUUGUUAUCAUUAUUAUCAUUCAUGUGACAAUUAUUGUUACUAUUAGUGCCUACAGAGAACCGAGAAGUCAUUUUUUUUCAUUUGUAUAUGACACUGAUGUUAAGACUGAUCCCGUCAGACUAACAAACAGCGGCGGGAC